UAUUUACUAGCAUUAAUUGCAGCUGUAGUAAGGCAGAAAGAAUUAGUGGUACAUGAAAAUAUUUCCAGGUAAAUGUUUGUAUUGUAUAUUAAUCAUCGUCUAUUGGAUGUCAAACCUUUUCGUAAUUGUGACGUAGGCUUCAAAGGAAACCCGCUACAUUGUUUAUAAAGGAAACGUUUAUUUUGUUUAACGAAUCACUUGAAACCAUUUAGUAAUUAACUCGUCAUCGACCAUUGGAUAUCAAACCUUUGGUAAUUGCAACGUAGACUUCAAAGGAAGCCCGCUACAUCGUUAAUAAAAUAAAACUAAGGCAAGCUGUGGACAGCUUUGAGUCAGAGAUUCUCAGAAUGCAUCCGAAUCUGCAACAAGAAUGUGUUCCUCUUCUUAAGAUCGUCGUCUGGGUUGGCGUCUUUGGCAACUGCUUGGCGGUUUCUCUGUUGCUACGUAAGAGACAACUUCCAUCAGCUGCAUGUAUCAUACUUCUUUCAAUACUGGAUUGCGUGAUCCUCGUAAAGCUGUUUUUACGACUGCAGAACCAGUUUCCACCAACACGCGAGCUGUGCACACUGAUGGUGAUAUCGUCAGACCAGUCCAGCGUGUGCAAAAUGGCCGCUUUGAUCAUGGAAAGGUUGCUGCUCCAGUCAUCAGUUGACAGGACAGUCAGUGAGCCACGUGUUGGAAAGAUUCCUGGCAAAUGGAUGCCAUUGUUUAUCACAGUGUGUGCACUUUCCCCAGUCGUCCUUCUUGUGUACGUCUCACAGAGUCUGGAGCUAGGCAGCGAAUGGCGACUGCUGCUAAAGAUUCUUGAAAUCCUGCUACUGCUCGUCGUACCCUUAGCUGGGAUGGCGUACUUGGUUAUCAGCAUUCGUCGGUUUCUAAAGAAGAUGGUGCAGGCGACUUCAGGCUAUCUCAUCACUCAGAGCGUCCUGGACAAUGACUUUAAAGCUGACAGACAAUUCACCACAUAUCUCAUUUCCAUAGCCAUGGUGUCUUUCGUUACAUACCCGAUAUAUGCAACAGUCAUAGUAGCUGAUUACAUGUUUCCUGGACUAUCGGGACAUGCAAUUGGUAUUGUAACAUCUUUGACAAUUAUCGUGCAGUGCGGGGUCAAUGUAUGUCUACAACUGGUGCACACAAACCCUUUACCAUGCAGUUCCUCUGGAUCAGGUUUUUUUUUAAAGAUCAAAGCAAAAAUAAGGCCUGUUGGCGAUCUUAAAGUGGCCGAAUGAUGAACGGGGUUAGAUGUUAGGAAUUAGUGUGAGAUGUGAUAAUCAGCGCUGCCUCUAAAAUAAACCAGAAAUAAUGAUCCCAUUAAUGCCAUUGUACUCGUUACAAAACACGUAAUAUUUAAGUCAUUUUAAUGCAUAUGUACCCAGUUUGAAAUGGAUCCAAAAAGAGUUGACUGAGUACUAUUAUGUUACAAAAGCAGCGGCUUUUUCCGCGUGCAACUAUGAUAAAUUCACCAAAUGUUGGUCAAUUUGUCACAAUAUAUUUAAAACCUAGACUGUGUUUCUUCUCUUCAUUUUUGAUACUUAUUAUGUCCUUAAUCUCCUUUUGAAUUUUUCAUAAAUGUAUGUCUGAUUAUUAGUCACAUAUAUUUGAUCUUAGCUAAAUAUCUCCUUGACUACUUCGUUGUUUUUUUCAUGUGGAUCUUUUUAUCAUAUGUACUGUAUGCAUCUGUAAAAAUGGGAAUAAAAAAAAAAUAAAAAAUAAAAA